CAGCAAUUGACCCACUUUCAUCUACGCAUCGCCAUUCUCGCCAACUUUCCAACAUCAUAUAUUUUCAAACCAAUCCUCCGCUAUUGUGUCAUCCCCGAACACGAAGACAUGGAGCCCGUGCCGGACACUUCAGGAGACACACUGCCAAAAGCUGACAGGUGGUCUGCUCGUCUCAGCCACAUCACCUUCUGGCAGGCCCCAGAGGACCCUGACAAGCCAAACUUACCCUAUCGUCCGGGCUUCUCUAUCCAGGUCUCCCGACACGCACCGCCGCCCGCGUUUUCCACGGCGGAGGAGCUUGAGCACCUGGGACUUGAAGAGAGGCCGCGGCUCUCGCAGGAAUACCUGGAGAAAGUGUCUCAUAGUCAAGCAGUCGUUGCCAACCCUCCUGAGCAGGGAAUCCCGCUUGCUUCUCCGCAGGCGGAAACUGCUGACCUGGUUAUUACCUCCCCCAUCGCUGUUGGCUCUGCUCGAGGGCCGCAAAUUGUGGCGUGCAGAGUCGUGUUGCGGGACGGGGAGCCAUUUACUGCGGUCGCGAAGAUAUAUGACCCACUUUACUAUAGCUUCGAGCACAGUUUCGGCCACUAUCCACGUGACACUGUCUUCGAAGCGGAUGAAGAUUUUAUGGUUGAGACAUGGGCUUAUGAAGCCCUUCAAAAGGCUGGUCAGACGGGGGAUUUUACCCCCAUAUACUAUGGAUCGUGGACAUUCACUCUGCCUAUCGUUCUGAAAGGGGUGACCACGGAAAGACCAGUUCGCAUGAUUCUAAUGGAGCACCUUAACGGUGUUAGCAUUCAAGCGUCCUGCAUGCAAAACAGCUAUAACAGGGAGGCGGCUACACACACAUUCCACUAUCCCGAAGAAUACCGACUCGAGGUGCUUGCACGGGCUAUGGAUGGGUACGUCAGGCAAAUGCAGGCAGGUGUCAGACAGGGCGAUUUCGCGGGGUGCAACAUCGUCCUUGUUCCGAUCCAGCGUCCCACUGCAGAGUCAGAAAUGUUCGGCGGUCUCUACCUUCCUCGAAUUGUACUCAUCGACUACGAUAACGCGGAUCUGGAGGAGAGGCCACCCGACGACACCGAUUCACGGCCCAUGAAUCCAGUACAGACUUUCUGGACACCAUAUCUCUGGUCUGAUAUAGCCGGCUGGGUUCCGAGCACAUGGGAGAAAGGUGACGGCCAGGAGGAGUGGCUGCUAAAGAGAUUUUGCGGCGAUGACCAGCGGGAUCUGUAUCACCCGGUUCCAGCGCACAUCAGCUGCUUGGUGAAGCAGCGGGACUGCCUAAGUGGGGUUCUGAGAGAUGGCCGCUCGGUCGAGGGCACGACUAUCAAGCCUCAGUCAGAUGGGGACACGCCACUCUCAGAGGUUGUCCAGACCCUAUCCCGUGCCGCUACACAUUCUCAAUCAGUCCCGGGAGGUGACAAUGGCCAUCAUACUGCAUCAUCUGGAAGGGCCGCGGCGGUGGACGCACGACCUCGAGCUCAUGGUUCCGUUUUGUCAACGACCAGAACUUUGUCCCCUCCCACCGCGGCCGACAUAUCAAAGGAACCGAUGUGCGGUGCUCGACCAGCAACUCUUCAUGGUCAUGCAACUGUCCAUAGUACCUCGUCGCCUGGAAAGGAAAAGGCAGCACCCGAAACAGGUUCAAGUAGAUCCGAUCCGUCAGCCGAGACAGACGAAUCACCGAGUCCUCCACCAAGUCCUCCCAAUGUCAAACCGGGACGAGAUUACUGGAUGCGGCCAAAGCCAAAGUUGCCGAUAAUAGACGGGUCUCUGUUUAGCGAGGUGCUAAUGAGACAGAAGAGUGAGAAGUAG